CCCGGUCGCCCCACACACCUACACCUACACGAACAGAAGCUUCACUUGCUCGCUCUUCUCCAUGGAGGCCUCGCCGUCUCGCAGCGACAGCCUCUCCCGCGGCGGAUGGCCGCCCAGGUGCAGGGCGCCGUCGUCCUUGGAGCGGCGCCUCGACGUCCACUCCGGCCUCGGCGAGUCGUUCAACAGCUCCACGGCGUCCUUCAUCGACAUGGACCCGGAGGAGCUGUUCUCGAUGCGGUGGACGCCGGACGACGGCGGCCUCGACCUCGACCUCGGCCCGCCCUGCUCCCCGCUGCUGGCCAGCGCCGGGCUCGUCUUCGCCGACGAGGGCCUCCUCCCCCGCGAGCCGAGCGGCAUUGCCGCCCGUGACGUCGGCGGCGCGAACAACGCCGACGUGGCGUCGGCGGGCUCGUCCCCGGCGUUCCACACGGCGCGGAGCACGCCGGCCUGCGCGACCGGCUCCGCGCGGCGCCCGGGCGGCUGCGCCGCCAGGCCGCUGCCGGCGGCGCGGAGGCUGCUCCUCCGGUACCUGCGCUUCCUCGUGCCUCUGUACCGCAAGGCGAGGGCGCUGCGGCUGCCGGCGCGGGUGUUCUCGGCGCCGCGGCCCAGGCCGCUGGCCGCCGCGACCCCGGCGCGGCGGUCCACGUCCAGCGCCUCCAGCGCGGCGGAGCACUGGUGCCACGGCAACGCCGACACCGCCGUGCGCGACGCCAUCCUGCACUGCAAGAAAUCCUUGCUGACCGCUCCUCGCACGGAAUGCUGAGCUGCUCAAACGUUCGGCUGGCUCUUCGUUCACCUCUCCGGGACAGGGCAUGCAGAGGAAUGGGCUCUCCUCUUGCAACAACACUUUUGGCGAAGCAAUUCAAGAGGGAAAAAGGAUUUCAAUCUCCUAGUUUUUCUACCACUCAAUUUUGAUUUCGACGCAUGUACAUGCAGUACAGUUGUAUACGUUGAUGAACUGUGCCCAAGGCAGCCUGACCUUUUGAGGCGAUUUAGCUACAGUUUGAUGUAAUGGUAAGGUGUUCUCCGUGCUCUGCUGUUGCCGUGGCUCUAUGCAACUGUGCAUGCAUCAGGCCAGGGUAAAAGUAGCAGGACGAAAGCAUAUUAUUAGUAGGUGAUUAACAGCACCAGCUUGUGGUAAAUAUGAUGCGUUAAACAUCUCA